UUCCCCGGGCACUAGCUGAGAGCUCAGUGUAGGUGCCCGGGCUGGUGGGGUAACUGGUAAGACGACUGAAGCGCGAGCGCAGAUCUCGGGGCAGGGCCCUGGCGCUCCAGGAGCGCGGAGCCUCAUCCAUCCAUGGAGCCGGCAGCCUUCUGCUCACAGCCCUUGGCCGGCCCUGCGCUCCGCGUCCGGGCUCCCGACAGGGACAGUGACACCGGCGCCGGGGCCGGGGAGCCCCAGCGCGGCCGCCUGGGAGCUGAUCGGCUGCUGGACCCCACCCGCCUCAUCAGGGACCCUCAGAGUGGCCGCACGUACUACCGGGGCCGUCUCCUGGGCAAGGGGGGCUUCGCCCGAUGCUAUGAGGUCACAGACACCUGCAAUGGCCAAGUCUACGCGGUCAAGGUCAUUCCCCAGAGCCGGGUGGCUAAACCACACCAGCGAGAGAAGAUCCUGCAGGAGAUCGACCUGCAUCGAAGCCUCCACCACCGGCAUAUAGUUCGCUUCUCACACCACUUUGAAGAUGAAGGCAGCAUCUACAUAUUUCUGGAGUACUGCAGCAGAAAGUCACUGGCACACAUCUGGAAGGCAAGACACACACUCCUGGAGCCUGAGGUGCGGUAUUACCUUCGGCAGGUUAUUGCUGGCUUGCGCUACCUGCACCAACGAGGGGUCCUACACAGAGACCUCAAGCUGGGAAACUUUUUCAUCACGGAGAACAUGGAACUGAAGCUUGGGGACUUUGGAUUGGCUGCUCGGCUGGAACCCCAGGAUCAAAGGAAGAAGACCAUAUGUGGGACCCCCAAUUACCUGGCCCCUGAGGUGCUGCUACGCCAGGGUCACAGCCCCAAGUCUGAUGUGUGGUCCCUGGGCUGUGUCAUGUAUACACUGCUGUGUGGGAACCCCCCCUUUGAGAUGGCUGACCUGAAGGAGACGUACCGUUGCAUCAAGCAGGUCCGUUACACAUUGCCCGCCAACCUCUCGGCAUCUGCCCGACACCUCCUUGAUGCUAUCCUUCGUCCUGUGCCCCAAGACCGGCCCUCACUGGAGGAGAUACUUCAGCAUGAAUUCUUCACCAAGGGCUAUACCCCAUCUCAACUGCCCCCCUGUAGCUGCAUCACAGUCCCUGAUCUAACUCCACCCCCCAACCCUGUCCAGAGCUUCUUCACUAAAGUGACCAAGAGCCUCUUUGGCUGCAAGCACAAGAGUAAGAUAGCUCCCCAGGAGCAAGACAAUCUCUCCCGCCUCGUCAGUGACCUCAUGCUUUCGUCUAUCUGCCCCCAGAGCAACUCCAAGGAGCCAAAGCAGGCCCAGGAGGAGGCUGAUGGCCCCCCCAGCCUAACAGAAACAGCCCCUGAGGAGCGCUUGCCCCGGUCCUUGCCCAUCAUGGGAAGCAGCUGUGAGGGGUCUGAGGAGUGUCUGACGGCAGCUGCACUCAUGGAGUCUACCCUCUGUGCCCUCCGCAACUGCCUGGCCUUCAUGCCCCCAGCUGUGCAGAACCCAGCACCCCUGGCCUCUCCAGAGCACCUGCUGUGGGUCAGUAAAUGGGUGGACUACUCCAACAAGUAUGGCUUCGGCUACCAGCUGUCCAGCCGGCAGGUGGCCGUCCUCUUCAAUGACGGUAUCCACAUGGCCCUGUCCUCUAACAGGAAGAUACUGCAUUAUAACACAACCAACACCAAACACUUCUCCUUCCCCGUGGAGGUUGUUCCUCAGCAGCUGCUGGGCCGGCUUGGGGUCCUUCGAUACUUUGCCUCCUACAUGGACCAGAAUCUCAUGAAGGGUGGAGACCUGCCCAGCCUGGAUGAGGCUGAUGGCCCUGCUCCCCUGCUUCUACAGUGGUUCAAGAGUGACCAGGCCCUGUUUCUCCUCUUAAGUGAUGGCACAGUACAGGUGAACUUCUACACAGACCACACCAAGGUGAUCCUGAGCGGCUGGGAGCCCCUGCUCAUCACCUACGUGGCCCAGGACCGCAGAGCCAGGACUUACAAAGCCUCGGACCUGCAGAGACUGGGCUGCAGACCAGAACUUCGGUAUCGGCUUGGCUAUGUCCUGCGCCUGCUCAGACAGCGCAGCGGGACCUAGGGGGCCCAGCCUGAACCCCCACCCAACCCCCACUCUGACACUUCUAGAAGGCUGGUGGGUGCGCCUGAGCAGACUCUGCAGCCCCCUACCACGGUUACCUCCAGAACCUGCCCCAGCUGGCUUGGGAGGGAAGGGGGCUCUGAGGGCCCAGCCCCUGAGGCUUCUAGGGCUGCUCUCCCCACUAGGAGGGGGGCCACCAGGUCCAGCCUCCAUUGUCCAGAGUGAGGUGUCUCCGCCCCUGGAGGGCUGGGGCCUCCCUCCCCACACACACGCACACAUAGAGACACA